AUGUUUAAUGCCGCUACUUUAUAUUUCUCUGGUGUUGCUGGUAAAAAGGAUCCAGAAUUAGGUGCAAAAUAUAUGAGAUUAGCCGCUUAUAAACAACAUAAACAAGCUAUUGAUUAUUGCAAGAAAAAUAGUUUGCCUUU